AUGAAUAAAAUAAUUUCCUUACGACUUCGAUCAUGCCUGUGUUCUGCAAAGAGGAAUUUUUGUGCACCGCCACCAAAUACGCCGAGCUCCGCUUCAGGACCUACCAGUAUGGCUCCAAGAUACAAACCAACUGAUUUCCAGAAAUUCAUUUUAGUAUGGACCAAAAAGUACAAAUCAAAGGAAGAAAUCCCAGCCUAUGUAUCUGCUGAAAUCAUUGACAAAUCUCGCAGUCAAGCUAGGAUAAAGAUUGCAAAUGUGCUCAUGUUACUUACAGCACUUGCUAGUUUUGGAGCAAUACUGGCUGGAAAAUCAGCAGCUAAAAGAGGAGAAUCUGUUCACCAAUACAACCUUGAUUGGCACAAGAAAUAUGAUGAAGAGUUUAAAGCUAAGGAGGCUGCAGCCGCUGCCAAAGCUAAUAAUUGA